AUGGGCGCAACGUACAAUCACGGAGAGUUAUCGCUGGGAACGUGGAAAGACUUAAUUCGAACACGGAUCCCAGCUGGCUUUCCUACUGGCUUGUUCUUGGGCACACCUCAGUCCGCUGCCUCUGUAUACUCUUUCUAUCGAAACGAAAAGUGUAACCAGGAGGCGGGUCUCUGGGCGGAACCCAAGUCCGGGUGGGUGUCGUUCAAUGAUUGGUUUGCUCAGGAGUGUAAGGAUAUCGACACGACUCGUCCGCUCGCGGGGCCGAAUGACGAAAAGCUCGUUAACGAGACGUCCAUGCCUGUUUUCCUAGGCCCUACCGACUACCACCGUCAGCAUGCGCCCAUGGGCGGCGAGACCAUCGAGGUCAACAAUACCCAGGACCAAGUCUACCUCCAGGUUGCUGCCAAGAAUGGCCACCUGUCCGGCCACCGGAGGCUGGUCUGGAACCCGUAUAUGAUCACGAGACGCAGAGAAAAGCUCAAGGGUGGCCAUGAUUUUUACGAUCUGGACGCUCCGGACAAUGCCGGGUCAUGCCAAGAAGGGUGA